GUCAUCAAAUUCAAGAUGGAGGCCGGACUGCUUGUAAGUAAUCUUUUGAAUGUUGUUUUGUUUUUCUGGUUUUCAUGAAAGAGUGAAUGGUGAUGCUUGAUUUUGUAGUUGGGUUUGAUAGAUUUCAUGUGUGAGUGUGUGAUGUUGAAAGGAGACAGGAAUAUGUGUGAUUUGAGAGCUAGAUUUUAACCAUGAAAGAUGUGUUUUAGAAUAUCAUAGAACAUUCGGUGCCAUUCACAGAUUCAAUCAUGACAAGAAUGAAUAUAUUAUUAAGGCCUAUUUACACUACGUUUUAUUUUUGCUAUUUUGGUUUAUUUUUGCACAAAUAAAAAUGGCAUGUGUAUCAAAAUGAUGCCUUGUUCUAUGAUUUUAAAACUAUAUGACUAACUCACAGGCAUUCGUUGCAGGGGAUGGGUUAGGGUGAAUGUUAGGGUUUUAUUAAGAGAAUACGACACCGGCUGCCAAGUUUAUUGAUAUCAGCCCCAACGAACGCCCUUUGGGUAGUCAAACCUGAACACAUAGUGUAAAUCGGACUGUAAAAGCUAAGUAAUAAUCCAUUGAUCUUUUGUACUUUUACUUCUUUCAAGUAACUGUAGCGGUAACUAGUUACAUUUGAAAAGGGGUAAACUACCUAAUUUUGGCUUAAAAUGGAAGGAUAACACAAGUUACAAAAAUUGAAAAAUAACUUUCUUAAUUAACUAGUUAUAAAUAUUGUGAAUGGUAACUAGUUAAGUCUUUUAUGUGUAACUUUAACUGGUAAAAUAGAUCCAAAAAAGAAGUUAUAUAAAUUAGUUACAGCAUUGUAUUUAGAAGCACAUGUCACUAUCCUUAGCAUGGGCUGGAUGGAUUUACUGGGGGGUUAGGGGGGGGGUUAACCCCCCUAGAAUCUCCCUCUUAUAAAGUGUUCAACCCCACCAAAAUUUUGCUUCACCCCUCCUAUUUUGUAUGAAAGUCUUUAACCCUAAGGCCAAAAAAAAAUAUGUGGGUUCCUAUUUCUUCUCGUAAAAACUUCGGUAGGGUAGGUUGGUUUUAACUUUUUUUUUAACUUUUUUUUUAAUUUUCCUAACAACCGGAUGCCAUUUUGUUUACUCAGUGCUUCCACAAUAUUGCCUCAAAUUUCCGUUUUUCACAAACGUUUUCCUCUAAGUGGAAACACUUACAAGCAUGAUCCAAUAAAAAAGUUUAGGGUCAGGAUUUCGGCGUCCAAAAGCUUAGGUAGGGUCGAGAAACCGGAAACCCACAUAUUUUUUUUGGCCUAAUGCCUAACCCCUGCUGAAGCUCGCUCAGUGGUGCUGCUUGCACCCAACUAGAAUUUUUCCACCUCUCCUUUAAAAAAAUGAAAAUCCGCCCUUGAUCCUGAGAAUUGACCCUUUAGAUAUCUAGGGUCUAAAGUGCUUGGAAUGUGAUGAAGAUAUACAUGUUACUGAUGUACUAAUCUAUCUGGCAUAUUAUAAACAGGAGCCAUCUAUGUACACAGUAAAAGGAGUCUUAAUUCUUGAUAACGACGGUGAACGAAUAUUGUCGAAAGUAAGAUUUUCGUUUGAUUUUGAGAUUGAUUUUUGUGGGAUGUAAAAAAGUAUUUGACUUACAUAGUGCUGUAUUUUUCAGUAUUAUGAUGACACAUAUCCAACUGUUAAAGAACAGAAGGAAUUUGAAAAGAAUCUGUUUAACAAAACCAGCAGAGUUAAUGGUAAAUAUCUGUGACGUUUAUUAUUUAACCAAUUAAGCUGCAUUGCAUCCUUUAUUGCAUCCAGGCAUUAAUUUUAGGGAUGAGCCGAUUAAUCGGUAAAUAAUCUGCAAAGCCGAUUAAUCGGCCGUUUAUUAAAUAAUCGGUAAUCGGACGAUUAUUGUCUGAUAAUCGGCACAUAAUCGGCCAUAAGACUUUUUCUGCAACUGCUGAGCACAUGCUAGAAUACUGAAUACAAGCGAAUAGAUUUUCACAUUUUGUUGCAAAACCUCUGUCUUUUGUCUCAAGCGAAGUGAAGCUGGGAACAUAUCCACUGAAAAACGCAGCAGAAUAGCUCCGCAUAGCUGACAAUAUCCUGUUUUCACACCAUAAUCUGCCAAAACUUAGUGUGUACUGUAAACAAUAAAACCGCAUUUACAACUUCAUUGUUGGUCAAUUUGUGAUUUUUCGCUUGCUUUUUAAAAUAAUCGGCGGGUACCGAUUAAUCGGCCGAUUAGUUACGAUAAUCGGCUUAUAAAUAAUCGGCCUCAGUAAUCGGCAAUUUUCCUUAUCGGCUCAUCCCUAAUUAAUUUGGCAUUAAUUUCUUUUGAAUACAAAAUGUCGUACAAAAUACAUUUUUCUGCUUCAGCCGAAAUUGUGAUGUUUGAAGGCCUCACCUGUGUCUAUAGAAGUAACAUCGAUCUGUACUUCUAUGUGAUUGGCUCCUCAAGUGAAAACGAGGUAAUUGGGCAAAUUUGAUAACAUUGCUAACAUGUGCUACUGCUGAUAAUUUGAUUGCUUGGUUACCUUUUGACUUGCUACAAGUCGACCCGUAUAACUUAAUAAGCUAUGUAUUGUAUUAAUUUGUAUAGCUUAUCAUAAAAUGUCUAAAUUUUUUAUCAUGAUUCAAAGCCAAUUUACUGUGUCUUGGUAUAUGUUUUCAGCUUAUUCUAGUUAGUGUCUUGAAUGCAUUUUACGACACAGUCAGUCAAAUUUUGCGAAAGAGUGUUGAGAAAAAAAUGUUGAUGGAUAAUUUGGAUGUUAUGAUGUUGGCUAUGGAUGAAUUAGUUGAUGGAGGGUAAGAUAGGAUACAAGUCCAUUGUUUUUGUUUUGGCCGUAACUCAGGGUUUAGAAUAAUGGCUGAACUUGAAAAUCCUUGAAAGUCCUUGAAUUUGGAAACAAAAAUUCAAGACCUUGAAAGUCCUUGAGUUUAUAAAGAAGUGCUUGAAAGUCCUUAAAUUGUUCUUGCUUUAGUGGAUAUUUUCUCAAAUUGUUUGGCAUUAAGAAUUGGACAUUUUGUAAAUUGAUUUUGUUCAUGUCUUACAAAGGUCAAAGUUAUUUGAACUUCAUUAAAGUUGCCAUUUGGACAGUUUAAUGUCACUUUUUACUGAUUUCUAACGCCUUCUUUUCAGCCUUUAGUCCUUGAAUUUCCUGACACAUGGCCUUGAAAGUUUAUUUAUUUAACUUCGCCAUUAUCAUGCAUUCAUGGCAGGGUCACCACAACAGUAUGGUACCAAUUACUGUGGGCCCUUUGAUUUUAAAUAGAUAAUAAAACACAAAUAAAACCCAACGAAGACUUCGAUUUACCUGUUCAAAGUCAUCACACGAAUUGAAACUUGAAGCUAAGCAAACAAAGUCCUUGAUUGUAACUCUGCCUGACCUGUAGGCUGCACAAACCUGUAUCCUGUGAAACAAAGUUACUGCUUUUACAUGCAGGACCAAAUUUGGCUAGUCAAAUACAAUGCCAUCAACAAACCAUUGUAAAUAGUCACUUUUAUCUAUUCAUCUAUUAUCAUUACCUCUAUUCAACGGUCACCUCUAUUAAGUGAAAGCGGACACUUAACUUAAGGAGCCAAAUAACCGGACAAACAUGCAUGACUGAUGUUAUACAGUAAAACCCGAAAAAUGCUAUACAGUAAAACCCCGCAUAAAAGAACCAUUGCGUUAAGAACCACCAGCCUGAAAUUUGGACAAUUAAGCACCCAAAAUACAAGAACCACUUCAGGCUGACAAAUGAAACUGGUUCUUAAAAAACCUUAUUAAACUUGAAAAAUAUGCCCGGCCACGGUGGGAAUCGAACCUACGACCUUUGGAAUACUAGCCCACCGUGGCCGGGCAUAUUUUUCAAGCUCGCCCGGUGUGGAUAUACACUCAGAGUAACAUCACACAGCAUCUUAUUCACCUGAGUACACAACACCAACACAGAAAAAAUCUUAUUAAACUUUUAGCUGAAUUAGUAAGCAGGUACUAGGAGGAAAACAAAAUACUGUAAUCUUGCUAGCAGGAAUUAUAUCUUUCAGCCACAUCAUGCAUGCAUUUAUUUUAUCAAAAUAAUUAAAUUACUGUUCAUUUACUAGUUUCAUUAUAUACAAUAAGAGGUUUAAAACUCUAAACCAGGAACAAUUGUUUUUGACUGGAAAUAAGAACCAGUUAAGAACCACUUCAGCCUGAAGUCAAAAUUCACUGGUUCUUUUAUGCGGGGUUUUACUGUAUUUAAUGUCGGUGACAAUGCUUUCUCUUUUUCAGUGUAAUUCUUGAUGCCGAGGCUGCUUCAAUCAUACAUAAGGUUGCAGCAAAGGUAAUUUAUUAAUAUUGAGUUUGCAACAAACGAAUUCCAUUUCAUUUCCACACAAUGUUUUACUAUAAAAGCGAGUUUGUUUACUUCCUUUCAGAAUGACGACGUCCCAUUGUCUGAAAGAAGCGUGGCUAAUGUAAGUAUCAUACGUGAUAUUCACAUGUAUACGAUUAAACUCCGUACACACAGAGAAAUCUUGUAGCAAGUCUGCCAACAACCUGUCAAUAAGCUGUGUUCGCACUGCUUGUCCCAAGUUGUCAACAAGUUUGGAACAAACUGUUAACAACUUGUAACAAUCUUGUUGAUAUUAUCAGACUUGUUGCAAGGUUGUUUCAACAAGUUGUGAUGACAAUCUUGUGGCAAUUUGAUGAAACAACAGCAUUGUUAUAACUUAUCUAAUCUUGUUGACAAGUUGUGAAACUUUAUACGUAAGUUUUUACAGGUGUGGAAACAAGUUGUUACAAGCUUGUUCACAAGCUGUCAACAAUUUGUGUUCGCACUGCUUGUUCCCAGUUGUUGUAACAAGUUUGGAACAAGCUGUUAACAACUUGUAACAAGCUUGAUGAUACUAUAUAUCAAACUUGUUACAAGGUUGUUCUAACAAGUUUGAUACAGUCAUGAUAUAUAAACAAGAGUGUCACAAGGUUGGCGACGCAAGAUUGUAACAAUAUUGUUAUAUCAUGACUGUAUCGGACUUGUUGGAACAACUUUGCAACAAAUCUGAUAAUAUCAACAAGGUUGUUACAAGUUGUUUACAGCUUCUUCAAAACUUGUUGACAAGCAGUGCGAACACAAAGUGUUGACGGCUUGUUGGCAGACUUGCUACAAGAUGUGUAUAAUUUCUGCAUGCACAUAACUAAGUAGUUGCCCUCCAGUUUUCUUCAUGUUUUUAUAAAUAUGGUGUAAUUUGUGACUUCGAGUUUCCUUUUUCUUUCCAUAUUGUGUAGGUAUUACAGUCUGCCAAAGACCAGCUUAAGUGGUCACUGCUGAAGUGAAACCAUUCAAGGAAAAAUUAUGAUCCUUGCGAGUGACAGUGUCAGUCCAAAGUGGGGAGCAAUAGAACUUUUUAAAAAUUUAAUAGCGUGAAUAUAUACUCUGUAAAUGUGUGCCUGUUCUAUAUAUUUGUUAAUGAUUAGAUAAAUAAACUAUGUGUAUAGUGCGUUCCUGUAAUUGUACAAUUUCAUUUUCCAUCUAGCAAAAUAAAUUAUUUAUGGGCGAUUUUGUUUUACUGAUCGAAAUUUUGCUCUGAUUGUAUAUACACACCGGGCAAGCUUGAAAAAUAUGCCUGGCCACGGUGGGAAUCGAACCUACGACCUUUGGAACACCAGCCCAAUGCUCUGCCAACUGGUCAGGUCAGGUUGGUUCGAGUAUGUGAUAUUUCGGAACUGAGUCCAGUUCCUUCGAUAUCAAUGCAAUCUAGUAAUCAUGAUUUUUUCUGUGUUGGUGUAAUGUACUCAGUUCCUUCGAUAUCAAUGCAAUCUAGUAAUCAUGAUUUUUUCUGUGUUGGUGUAAUGUACUCAGGUGAAUAUGAUGCUUGUGAUG